CACUGAAGCUACUUAUCAGAUGAUAGCGUGAAAAAGACGUCCGAUUUUCCUGCUAACUGAAAAAGAAAAAAACACGACGAGUGCUAUGUUUUGUUUCUAGUGAAAAUGAUUAAGCAUUAUUUUACGGAUAGUCAAGUUUGCAGAAUUUAUCUGGAGGGAAUCGGACAAAAGGUGUGAGAAUCCCCCAGACUCGGGACGAUUACGUCGGAUUAGGACAAAUCUAAAGAACAUCGAUCGAAAAACAUUGAUCAACUCCGCUACAGAUCUAUACCAUUUUUAAUUACAAACGGAUUAAAGCGUCAAAAGAUGAUUUAUUUAGGCAUGGAAAUGAGAUUAUUUCUUGUAAACGAAAUAAAUUGACUCGUAUUGCGGUUCUUCAUUAAUUCUGCGUCUAUUCCACGAGAUUGGACAUUACGGGUGCCAGCUAUUGAUGUGUAACGUAAACGGUUAGUUCAAUUUAUUGGAACCUCGACUGUUUCUGAAUAUGAUAAGAGACACUUGGAGCUUCAUCGUCUUUCAUAACAGGUGUGCAUCGUGAUACUCGAGUCUGCAGGUUUAUGUUCGGCAACAUGAAAGGUUUUCUGUGCUACAUAUUGGUGUUGCUUUUUCUAGAAGUGCACGGUUUGGAAGUGACUUACGAUCUUGCAGAAGAAUCGGGAAGUCGAGUGCUGGUUGGAAAUAUAGCAGCUGAUUCUGGGCUAGCUAACAAUGUCAACAGUCUAACAUACAGUCUCCUACAGGCAGGAUACCCUGCGGCAAGGUCAUUCAUUAUUACAGAGACUCAGGGUGAACUGUACACAAACGCAACGAUAGAUCGCGACAGCAUUUGUGAAUUUCAAGAUCAAUGUGUGCUCAAUCUGGUAGCUGUUGCCUCCAAUUCUGAUACUGGAGAUUUCCACAAGAUUAAAAUAUACGUCAAUGUUAUAGAUAUAAAUGACAACUCUCCUAUAUUUCCAAAGACCGUUGUCAGUUUUCAAAUAAUAGAAGACACCGCUAUCAAUUUUACGUAUUCUCUAGAAGGCGCCGUGGAUUUAGAUACCGGUAUCAACUCGGUGAAAAGGUACGAAAUCCCACUGCACGAUUCACCAUUUCAAGCUGUGGCAGACAAAUUUCCUGAUGGUCGUUCCAUGUUAAAACUCAUCCUCAAACAAACAUUAGAUCGCGAAACAAACCCUACUCAUCAGUUUCGAGUGCUGGCUUAUGACGGUGGGAGUCCACCAAACACAGGUACACUGACGGUGAACAUUUCAGUGGGGGAUAUCAAUGAUAAUUAUCCGAUAUUCUCUAAACCCUCUUAUAACGUUACUAUAAUGGAUGACCUUCCAGAAGACUCUUUGGUAGUGAAAACUUUUGCAAGAGAUAAAGACGAAGGACCCAACGGGGAAGUGCAAUACAGACUACAAGUGCGCCAAUCUGAGGACAUAUUUCAAACUUUUUACAUGAAUUCAACAUCGGGCGAGAUCUUUCUCAAGAAAUCGCUCAUAUCCGGUUCUCAAGAAAGCUAUAAGAUUCUUAUAGAGGCAAUUGACAAGGGCAAUCAGCCCCUGAUAUCAAAAUCACAAGUCUUUGUGCGCGUGCAAGAUAAUCACAAUAACUUUCCGGUGAUCAAUGUCAAUGUUUUAUCUGGAACUGAUACUGCUGAGGUCUCAGAACACGCCAGUCAGGGGACCGUGGUGGCACAUAUAGCAGUUAAAGACCCCGAUACAGGGGCAAAUGGUCUAGUAACUUGUGAUGUUAUCAGUCAGUAUUUUAAAAUUCAAAAGUUCGAAGAAAACGAGUAUAAAGUCGUGGUCUUUGCGUCAUUAAAUCGGGAAAUGAGGGAUAGUUAUGAAGUGACUGUGAGUUGUAACGACGCCGGCAGCCCACCCAGAGAAACUAAUUCAACUUUCCCCGUCAUUGUUGUAGAUGAAAAUGACAGUCCUCCAAGAUUUGACAGACAAAUAUAUUAUGCGACUAUAUCUGAAAAUAAUAAUGUAAAUAUCAGUCUACUCACAGUGUCUGCAACAGAUGAUGAUAUUGGGGUUAACGCAGAAAUUAAAUUUUCUGUAUCAAAUGAAGUGAAAGACGAUAUAAACAUCAAUGAAAAUACUGGAGUUUUGAUUUUAAACAAAGCAUUAGAUAGAGAACAGCAAAGUCAGAUAUCAUUUUAUGUUUUUGCGACUGACUCUGGAAAUGUUCCAUUAACCGGAACUGCUACAGUGAUAAUCACAGUCAAAGACGAGAACGAUAAUACACCAACGUAUCCGGAGGACGUCUGGAAAUUCGCAGUACCAGAAAAUUUAGCUGCGCCCAAAGUAAUAGGAUUCGUUACAGCAUUUGACAAGGACGAGGGAAUCAAUUCAGAAGUGAGGCAUUAUCUGAUGUCGUCCAAUGGUCACGAGUCUCCUCCCUUCGAGAUGAAAGAAAACGGAACCGUGAUGGUAACCCGAUCCCUCGAUCGUGAAACUGUUGCUUUGUAUGACUUACAAAUAAUGGCUAUGGACAAAGGAUCCCCUGCAAGGACGGGGUAUGCUUUCCUAAAGAUCACUGUGGAGGAUAAGAACGACAAUAAACCUGUGUUCACCUUCCCCAGCGAAGCAAAUCGCUCCAUCACAGUUCCAUUAUCAACCGCCAAAAACAAGGAGGUGGCUACUUUAGCCGCCAAUGACAAAGAUGUAGAUAUGAAUGCACAAUUGAAAUACUAUACAGAUGAUCAAAACAUGACUGAAAUUUUUAUUAUAAACAGUGCAAGCGGCGAAGUUAUACUCGCGCGCUCAUUAGACUCGGAUGACCUUGGCCUGUAUGUGUUUAAGGUCAAAGUUCAAGAUUCAGGGGAUGAACAUUUAACUGCAGAAGAAACUUUACUCAUAAAUGUGAUAGCAGACUCGGUUGCAGACGAUUCCAAUUUUUCUCGAUAUUAUGUGAUAGCUAUCAGUAUGUCGACAGUGACAUUUGUGUUAGCCAUUGUGAUAAUAGUAGCUAUAUAUUUGUUACGAAAAGUUGAUAAUAAACGGAGGAGAUAUGAUAGUGGUCACUCGUCUAUUACCAUAGUAACCAAGGAAGCGGAGAACCCGGAUGUGUAUGAAAACUCGCCACCUCUCCAUAAAGAGGUCUUUUAUCCACCUGGGUACGACCUGGGCAGCCGACAAUUCUUCCCCAUUGAUCGAUCAAUUUCAGUCCAGAUUCCACCAACAAUUCCGGAAGCGGACCCUCUUCCCAAAAUUCCGAGUGACCCGACUUUAUGGGAAGGAUGUGAAAGCGUGAACGAAAACGAGAGAAACAGGAACCAACUAAUGACCCUACAAUACCACCAAUCCCUGAUGAGGAUACAGAGCGUCAAACGCUCAAAUUCGACAAUUUGACGGAUUGGCAGUUGAACCACAGAAAGUUUUAAUUAGAUAUACCUUUUCGCUUUGGGCUGCUCUUUCACAAGAAACAAACUAACAGUGAAUACAUUAACAAGGAGAUUACUUGACUGUGUAAAUAUGGCGAGAAACUGAGAAAAAUCUCACUGUAAAUAUUGAUUCACCUGUUUUUACAAACUGAUACCAAAGUUAUACAGGGAACAAAAGCUUCUUAUGCGGAUGAAAACGGAAGCCGAUCUUGUGUAAGCACGCGACGAAUCAGGCCGAUGAAGGACGAAUAAUGACGAAUCAACACAGCCUGGAGAUACCGCAGCCAGCAUUAAUCGUCGAACGGAUGAAAAUGGCAAAUGUAUCCCGAAGUUCUAAAUCUUCGAAAAGCCCCCGUAUUGACAAUUUUGGCUUUCAGUGCAGCAAGCAAAUGAAGCAAGUUUCCAGUAACUAGACCAUUAUCUUUUCCGUUUACUUGUAAAUGAUGUGCCAAAGGCUCAGGGUUAACCCCUUAAUGGAUGGAAAUAGAGAUUUUAUUGCAAUAAUUGAGACAUUUUUCAUGAAAUUACGUUUGUUUGUAUGAUAGGGCGAGAUUUAAAAUUUUGAUUACUUAUUGUAUUGUUAUGUUAAUAUGGUGCUACAAGAUGUUAUGAAAUUAGAUU